AGCAGUUUGUGUUUCAGUGUCAUUAUAAACAUCGAUUAAACAAAAUGGGUGUGAUUUUGUGCAAAAUUCAUCUGUUUAACAAUCUCCAUAAGAUCAGUAUGAUAUCCAAAGCCUACUCUUGAGAGCACAGCCGUUUGUUUUCACAGAACAAGCAUACUAAUUUUAACACAUACUCAAAUACCAAUUAUCCGUUGUGUUUUUGCAAUAAUCGAUUUGAAGCUUCAUACAGCAAUUAAAGUUACUCUACUUAAACCAGCAGCAAUACGCAUUGUGCUUGUUAAAAUAAUGACCACUCAAGAAGAUCGGACUUUGAAAUCUGGAAUGUCCUUCCCCAAGUGGAUGAAGAGCAGAAUGAACGAUAGGUUUGACCUAGACCAGAGCACGUUUUCUCCGCCAGAGCUCGAUGAUAGCUUUAUGCAUUACUACCGUCAGUCAACAAUGAAAAAUGACAAAACAACAGACACGAAAAUGGUGGAAGCAUCGACCGGUCAACCGAUCAAAACCGAUUUCAGUCACAUUUCCGCAAAAAGUGAACAUUUCACUAAGCCGAGACCGAAAGGCACUGACGACGGAUUCAAAAGCGAAGCCUCGCAAGUCGGAAACUCCAUUCUGAGAGUGGCCAGUCAAAUAGUGUCUGGAAAACGGCUGCCGGAAAACAGGCCCGAACCUGCUGAAGAAUGCGAGCAACUGCUGGCAAAGUUCGAUCCAUAUAGGCGAAGAGGCAGCAAGUCUCUUCCUGCUUCACCGCUUUCGUCGCCCAAGAGCAGGAGGAGGAUGAACAAGUUUUUCACCAGUCCCUAUGUGGAGGCUGACAAGUCCAAGGGAUGGAUCUUGGCCAGUCUGCUGGCCAAGAGGGAGUUUUCUCAGUCCAUGGGGUUCAUUGGCGAGGAGAAGAAGGAGGAGUUGGAGCGGGCCGCUUCUACUGCCAGCAUGGACGAUUUCAAGCAUAAAAGCCCGGCUUUCCAGGCCAAACCGUCGGAGUUGAGGGAGAUGAACUUUUGGUCUCCCACAUCGAUGUAAAACUCAAUCUCACACUCAAUUAUUAUUGCUAUUUGACUAUAUGUUAAAAUUUAGUAUUAACGUGCUGUAAUAAUGUACUUUAAGACACUCUAAGGCAAUUUAAGUGGUGUACUUGCUAGAUGAAUGGUAAAAUGUGUGAUCUCUGUCUGAAAGUUGUGAUACAAUAGAGUAAAUUCCAGAUCA